AAUGAGAGUUUUAGCAGUGAUCUUAUUAGUGACGGCAGUGGUGGCUGAGGAUGGUGCAUUAUGUCCUAAGGAACAGGACGCUAAUUACGAAGUGGAUAGAUUGGUAGCCCAUGAGGAUUGCAACAAAUUCUACAAAUGCGUUCAAGGGGAAACUGUAGAAAUGAUGAGCCCUGAAGGGCUGUUGUUCAACUCUGUCUUCCGUUUCUGUGACUGGACCCUCAACGUCGAUUGUGCAGAAAGAAGAAUGCCUACCGAAAGAGCUAUGCUUGCAACUUAAGUAACUGAGGCAAAGCCAGAAGGAAAGGCUAGCGGAGAUAGUGAAGAAUCUA